GCAGCAAGCAAAGGGGCUCUGAUGGUCAUAUUAACCACACACACACACAGACACACACACACACACGGACCGAUUAGCCACACACUCCACAUUCAAGUCGCUGUUAAAGGAGGCUUGGGGACCUAAAGAGAGACACACAUACGCAUCACAUCAAGGAACAAAGGAUGCUUUGGAACAGCAUAUUCUUCGUCAUCUUUUCUCUUGUUUCAGUGGAGAGAUGUGAGGCAGAGAGGACAAGAAAACUUGUUGGAAAGAUGGCCAUCUUUAACUGUCCAUAUGAUACUGCGUACAAAGACUCCCCCAAAUACCUUAAGAAGCGAGACCAUAAUGUCAGUAUCACACUCAUUAGAUCUGAUGGAUGGAUGGGUUGGACUACGGUUGGGCGAUACAAGUUGAAUGAUGACAAAAACAGUGGCAAGUUUGAUGUGCACAUUUUCCCCUUGACCCUCAAUGACACUGGGACGUAUGUGUGUGGAGUGGAAGCAGCAGAAGACAGAGAUGGGCAGGAGACCAAGCUUGAGGUUCAUGAAGAGACAGAACCCACAAAAGCGAGAGUUGCCGAAACAACCACCUUUCCCCCAGUAACAGUUGUAUCCAUCCGGUCUGCAUCCCCAGCUCCUGGUGACUUAGUGCAGAUCAGCACAGGUGUGGCAGUGGUUGCAGCCGCAGUGCUGGUGUUCACACUGAUCCUACUCUACAUCCAGAAGACAAAGAGAAGCGAUAGACCAUCAGAGGGGCCCCAACUUCCGCUCAGUUUGACUAUGACAUCAAAUGAAAUAACUAUCCCACAGGAAAACAUUUAUGCUGAAGACACAACUUAUUCUCAGCUGGCUGGCUCCGAUGUGACCAACCCCCCUGUUGUCAGCAGCCAGCCAAUGACCCGCACGGGCACCACCAAUCAGAGACUAACAAACUCACAAGCCCCUAUCUACUCCCUUUUUACCUUUCCAAACUCACAAGCCCCUACCUAA